AUGGCCACCACCUCUAACCCGACAAUCCCCAAACCCUUCCUGAUGCCACCUCGAAGACCCCACCCUUCCCCCUCUUGCCCUCAAACCCUCCCGGUGAACAACAACGGCGUGAUUUCCUUUGAUAGACGGGUCAACCAAUACACCCCCGACCCCUUCCCCCUGGACGACGGGCGCCCCUUUGUCACCCCGUUCUGGGCGGACGUCAACAACGUACUGGGAGGGGAUAUCUUCUACCGAGAGACCACCGACCCGACACUGCUGGCACGCAUCACGAAGGACAUCAAUGAAUACUUCCCCAAGCUCCCCUACACCGCCACGUGGGCUUUCGUGGCCACUUGGGACCAUGUGGCCUAUUACGGCUCUACCAGCAAAAAGGGGAACACCUUCCAAGCCGUCCUGACCACCAACACCAAGAUGUCCUUCAUCAUCCUCAACUAUUGGGAUAUCCAGUGGACUACGGGUGUGGCAAGCGGCGGGGACCCUGAAACGGGACUUGGAGGGACCCCGGCCCACGCCGGCUUCAACAGUGGAGAUGAAACCAACUUCUACAACAUCCCCAGCUCCCAGACCCCAGCCAUCAUCAACAUCACCAAGACCUCCAACGUCAACGUCCCGGGGCGUUGGGUCUUCCAGGUGGAUGACUUUAAGGUGACGGGGGUCCCCACCGAGGCGCCCAAGGCCGCCGACAGCAACAACUGCUGGUUGUGA